AUGGCUAAGCUUCUACUUCAAACAUUUCCUCACAUCACCCGCUCACGCAGAGUCACCCCUAAGACAUGGCUAAGACUGAUCUUGAGACGUCCCGUUUCGACGGCCCAGAAACUGGCUGAGCCUUGCGACUUGUUCGAGUACACGUCCGGACGGUGGAUUUAUAAUGACAAUUUGAGACACCGCGAGAGAAGACGUGUUUUCAAUAUUCAUGAACUCAAGCGCCUAGCCGCCCUAGCAGUUCAGCAGAAGGAAUUUGAUGUUACUAGAUUCGAAAAACUGGCCGAAGGAGGCUUCAAUCGGAGUUUUCUAAUAACCAUGCGAGAUGGCUACCAAUUUGUUGCACGGAUUCCAUAUCCGGCCACUGAACCAAAAUCCCUAGUCGUCGCUAGCGAAGUCGCAACGCUGGAUUUCCUACGUACUUAUGGUAUUCCAGUACCGAAGGUUUUUGGCUACUCCGCCGUUGCAGAUAAUUGCGCGGGUACAGAAUACAUCUUUAUAGAGUAUGUCCAAGGAAAAAGCCUAGGGGAUGUGUGUCACUCCAGAGUUAGUGUUCCACUCCCUGGAUUAACACAACGAUUCUGUAUCGGCCCAGAUACAUCGCUGAAAUUAUCGUACGGCAAAAGACUCAAUUUGUCAGUUAAGCGCGGACCUUACCGGGAUCCUUUAGCAGUUCUUACUACUGGUGCCGUAAAAGAAAUCGCCUAUCUUAAGAAAUUCGGGCAACUACUUCAGCUAUUCCAGCGUCUUCGGCGCGAGAAUUAUGGCGAUGAGGUCUCGGAAUCACUCCAAAUUCCGGCCUUACCGACUGAUUUCGAUGAAUUGGAAGAAAUAGAGCAAUUCCAGCAAGCAGAACUCCUACGCAGGCGUCAGCUCCACUAUUUCUAUGUUAAACUGACAGCAGAAACAAAUAUUGAACAUUACGAGGCCUUGACCCACUAUUUCAGUACCUUGAGGCGGCGGCUUUUCGACCAUGCAAGGGAUCCCUGGGAGGGUGACAAUGUGACUUCAAAGGCCGAUUUGAUUACUCUAUCUAGGAAGUGGAAAGACAUCACUUGUGACUCGAGAGUAUCUUGUCCAAUUACUUUUUCAGAUGACGAGUUGACGGAGUGUCUGCGAUUGGAAAAAACACAGUCUGAAGCAGAUGAACAAUUGCAGGCUUGUCAGGAAGUAAUUGGGGUUGGCCCUGAGGGCUGGGUUCCCCUAGCAGACUACGACGAGGCCAAAAGAAGAGAGAAAAACUUGAAAAGGGACGCUCUUGACGCGGCUGAGACCCCGGAGGAGAAAACAAGGAUCCAAGACAACUGGAUUUUCGAUGAUUUUUCCGAGGAAGACUACACGUGA